AGGCUCGAGAAUGGACCCAGAGGGCGCAGCAGGCACCACAGGAUCUCCCAAUGGGGUGGCUUAGUUCUGGGCUCACGUUCCCCGUGAGCUGCCUGAUCCUGGCGUGGGCGGCAGGCUCUGGGAGUGUUAAGAUGCGCCAGGGGCCCACCUGCCUGACCGACUACAUCAGCACCUCCACCUGUGAGUGGGAGAUGGCCGGGCCCACCAACUGCAGCGCCGAGCUCCGCCUGACCUACCAGCUGAAUUUUAUCUUCUCUGAAAAAUGUUUGCCGACCUCUGGCCCAGCCUGUGGGUUAGGCUGGGGGAUACAGGGAAUAUGCCUGCCAAGAAACCACACAUGUGUCCCCGAGAACAGAGACAGCACGGUGUGCGCGUGUGAUAUGCUGAUGGAUAGUGUGGUCAGUGAGGACACCUAUCAGCUGGACCUGUGGGCAGGGAAGCAGCUGCUGUGGACUGCCUCCUUCAAGCCCAGCGAGCACGUGAAACCCCGGGCACCCGGAAACCUCACAGUUCACGCCAACGUCUCCCACACGUGGCUGCUGACGUGGAGCAACCCGUAUCCUCCUGAGAGUCACCUGUACUCUGAGAUCACCUACCUGGUCAACGUCUCCAAUGAGAAUGACCCCAAGGAUUUCAAAAUCUAUAACGUGACCUACUUGGGGCCCACCCUCCGCAUUGCAGCCAGCACCCUAAAGUCUGGAGCUUCCUACAGUGCACGGGUGAAGGCCUGGGCUCAGAGCUACAACAGCAGCUGGAGCGAGUGGAGUCCCAGCGCCACGUGGCUUAACUACUACCAGGAGCCCUUGGAGCAGCGCCUCCCACUGGGCGUUAGCAUCUCCUGCGUCAUCAUCCUGGCCAUCUGCCUGUCCUGCUACUUCAGCAUCAUCAAGAUUAAGAAGGAAUGGUGGGACCAAAUUCCCAACCCAGCUCACAGCCCCCUGGUGGCCAUCGUCAUCCAGGAUUCUCAGGUGUCACUGUGGGGGAAGCGGUCCCGAGUCCAGGAACCAGCCAAGUGCCCGCACUGGAAGACUUGUCUUACCAAGCUCUUGCCCUGUUUCCUAGAGCAUGGCAUGGAAAAGGAUGAGGAUUCCUCUAAGGCUGCCAGAAAUGGGCUUUCCCAGGGUCCUAGAAAAUCAGCCUGGCACCCUGUAGAGGUCAGCAAGACCAUCCUCUGGCCAGAGAGCAUCAGUGUGGUGCGCUGCGUGGAGCUGUUUGAGGCCCCAGUGGAGAAUGAGGAGGAGGAAGUAGAGGAAGAUAAAGGGAGCUUCUGCCCAUCGCCUGAGAGCAGUGGGGGCAGUUUCCAGGAGGGCAGGGAGGGCAUUGCAGCCCGGCUGACAGAGAGCCUGUUCCUGGACCUUCUCGGGGGUGAAAAUGGGGGCCUUAGCCCGCAGGGCUUGGAGGAGUCCUGCCUUCUUCCAACUUCAGAAGAUGCAACUACUCAGAUGCCUUGGGCCGAGUUCCCAAGUGUAGGGCCCCAGAAGGCAUCGUCAAGUCCUCCAGCCACUCUGACUCAGAUCCCAUCCAGCCUGGCUUUCCCCGAGAUGCCCGCUGUCAUCGCCAACAACCCCGCUUACCGCAGCUUUAGCACCUGCCUGAACCAGUCCUCUGGCUCUGAAGAGUGUGACUCAGACCCACAGCCAGCUGAGCGCUGGGGGAACGUGGAGCCUGGCACCCCCGCCGCCUCCCAGCUCUCUGAGCCACUCGCUGCACUCCAGGCUGAUCCAGAAACCUGGGAGGAGAUCCUACGUCAGAGUGUCCUCCAGCACAGGACGGCCCCGGCCGCCGCCUCGGCCCCCGGCAGUGGCUAUCGGGAGUUUGUGCGCGCGGUGAGGGAGGGCAAUGCCCAGGACAGUGGGGUGGCGGGCCUUGGCCCUUCUGAGGAAGCUGGGUACAAGGCCUUCUCCAGCCUGCUCACUGGCAGUGCCAUCUGCCCAGGGACAUCUGGGGUGGAGCCUGGCAGUGGGCAAGGGGGCUACAAGCCCUUCCGGAGCCUCACUCCUGGCUGCCCCGGGACCCCUGCUGCAGCCCCCAUCCCCUCGUUCACCUUUGGACUGGACGUGGAGCCCCCCCACAGCCCUCAGGACUUGCUCUUCCCAGGCCGCUCCGCAGAGUGUCCUAGUUUGGAGCCAGUGGUGAAGGGAGAAGACGGCCAGAAGCCCCUGCACUCCCCGGAGCAGGCCCCAGACCCCCUCAGGGACGAAAACGACCUGGGCAGCGGCAUUGUCUACUCAGCCCUCACCUGCCACCUGUGCGGCCACCUGAAGCAGUGCCACGGCCAGGAGGAGCGUGGCAAGACCCACGUCAUGGCCAGCCCCUGCUGUGGCUGCUGUUGUGGAGACAGGUCCUCACCCCUAGUGAGCCCCCUGAGGUCCCCGGACUCCCUGCCUGGGGGGGUUCCACCGGAGACCAGCCUCUGUCUGGCCUCCCUAGCCCUCUUGGGUGUCUCAGAGGAGGGUAAGUUUCCCCUGUCCUUCCAGACUGCCCCCAGCAACGCUCAGAGCUCCAGCCAGCCCCCUGCAGCGGUGGCUGUGCUCUCCCCAGGGCCCACGUGCACGGACGCUUCCUAGGUGUGUGCCCUCUUGCUGAAGUCUACAGGUGAGGACUGGGUCUUACCCAGGCCCGUGAAACGCCUCCCCCGGGAAGUCAGCCAGGCUGGCAGAGUUCCGAAAGACUCGGAGAACCCUGGGAUGAAGUUGUGAAGCUGUCCAACACCGGACAGAGAUUACAGACUGGACACCCCUAGCUCCGAACAUUGGCCCGGCCUCGCCACGUCCCCUGGGAGUGAGGGUGCCAGGCAGCUCUGCCCACAGCAGGCACCUGCAGGGAUCAGAUGGUUCCUGGGGACCUUGGUUUGUGAACGAGCCGUCGGCCAUUUCAUCAGUCCACAGCUGCUCCAGUGGACUAUCCCUGUCGAGCCUGCUCAAAGCGUGUUUUGUCCACCAAAUCUCUCUGUUGCCCAUGCCUUGCCCAGUCCUGAGAUUGGCUGCUGCCAUGUCAUGGAUUAGAUGCUGAGCUUGGAAACUUAACCAAGCCAGUGGGAGAAUGACUUGGGAGGCCUUGGGAAAUUGAUGUCCAGAAAGGGUAGUCAUUUGCCCAUUCAUUUAACAGAGCUUCAUGAUGUCAAGGCACUGGGGGCAGAGUCUGAGCUGUGGAGAGGUGCUUAGUUGAGUGGGGUAACAGAGGACAUGAAAAAUUGUGAUUAACCAAGCAGUGACAAUUUCCCACCCAGCUGUAAGGCCAGGGGCUCCUGUUAAGCACUGGAUCCCCAGAAUAAGUAUGCAAAGCGACCUUGGGGCUCGCAUGUGCCCCUGUGGAUGCUGUUGCUGGCAUCGGUGGUACAGAGGGAGGAGCUGACAUCCCCUGAUCCAGCGAGCUGGGCGUUCCAGGUGCUGACAUCAGACACAUCACUUGCACAUCUGUCCAGACCCCAAGUUGAGAAAUGCUUGUUUGUGUGCACUUCAGAGAUUGUUUCAUUACCUGGUAUUUGCGUUUGCCUAGGAGGGAGGAACGGGAGAGGAUGGAGUUUUGUAGAAAUAAAAGUUCUUUAUCUCCUUUUU